CAACUGUGAACAUGUAGUUUUUUAUAAUUUCCCUUGUGAGAAUAGAGCUGCAUUCUUUAGCUGAGCUCAGUCCUGCUCUGGAUCUGUCUGCAUCUCAAGCCUCCAGCCCAGGUUCUCAGUGUAUAAGGCAGCUAUGUGUCUGGAGGUUCUUCUGGAGGAGCAGCUCCCUAAAGCUGAGGUCCAGGAUGGCACUGCUGGAUCCUUCCCCAAUAAUAAGGUGUGGCAUGCUGAAUUCCAAGCACUGGAGUGGCAGAAUUUCAACUUACAGCCUGGCUAAUUUCCUGCUUCUCCUGGCACCAAAAUGGGCUCCAUUCCUCUCCUGAGCAGCCAAGGCGACAGCUGUCAAAGUGGCAAGGGCUUCUCUGAGCCAGAACCUAAAGACCAGUAUAUCCCGAAAACCACGAUUUACAGAAAUCUACUUCCCAUCCCUCUGCAAAAUGCAAAUGAAUAACAGUUCGCCAUCUGCUCUGUUUCUGCUUCACAUAGCAAGACUUUCCUAAGGAUUACAUAUGGAACAAUAAUUCAAAGCAGAAGGCAUUUCUACUGAAAAUGGAGCCAUCUCUGAUGGAUGUUCAUUUUAUCAACCUAUUAAACAUAUUCCUUAUGAGAAUUGAGGCCGGAUAGAUCUGCAGACACUUCCAUUCCUAUAAGGUCUGACCACAGAGGCCAUUGGAGGAGCAGCACCACGUGACUCAGGGUGCCAAUGUUAUUCUUUACGGGUGUCAGGACCCUGUCAGUUUGUGAAAUAAAUAUUGGGAAACAACGAAAUGCAAAAAGCGACCUACUACGACAGCUCUGCGAUCUAUGGUGGAUACCCCUACCCAGGAGCCAAUGGUUACACCUAUAAUGCAAGUCAGCAGCAAUAUCCCUUGGAAAGUGACUAUCAUCGACCUGCCUGCUCUCUGCAGACACCUGGCAGCACAGUGCCACAUCACAAAGCCAUUGACAUCAAUGAGAGUUGUAUGAGAGCCAUCAAUAGUCAAUCAAGCCAAGAGCAGCAGCAGCCUACACCACCCUCUGUGUCCCCACCUGACCAACAUGCCAAUAAUGCAGCCACCACCUCCACCUCCAAAGCCACCGGUAUCUCCUCACCCACAAUGUCCAAGCAGAUCUUCCCCUGGAUGAAGGAAUCUCGGCAGAACACUAAGCAAAAAGCAACAACAGCAGCAGGAGCAGCAGCGGCGGCAGCAGCAGCAGGAAACUCCAGCUCAGGUGAGAGUUGUGCUGGUGACAAAAGUCCCCCCGGGCAAUCUUCUUCCAAAAGAGCCCGCACCGCUUACACAAGCGCCCAGCUGGUAGAACUGGAAAAGGAGUUCCAUUUUAACAGAUACCUGUGCAGGCCCAGGAGGGUGGAGAUGGCAAACUUGCUUAACCUCACAGAGAGGCAAAUCAAGAUCUGGUUCCAGAAUCGGCGCAUGAAAUACAAAAAGGAUCAAAAAGGAAAAUCCAUGAUGACGUCAUCGGGUGGCCCCUCGCCCUGCCGGAGCCCUGUACCUCCAGCUGUUGGGGGUUAUCUGAACUCUAUGCAUUCUCUGGUAAACAGUGUCCCUUAUGAGCCUCAGUCUCCCCCAGCCUUUAACAAACCCCACCCAAACUCCUAUGGUGUGCCUGCUCCAUACCCCAGCCCUCAUCACAACAGCUGCCCCCCUCAUCAGAAGAGAUACACAGGAACUGCUGCUGUCACCCCAGAAUAUGACCCUCACCCACUCCAAGCCAGUGGUGGUUAUGGCAAUCCUCACGUACAGGGAAGCCCCGUUUAUGUAGGGGGCAAUUAUGUGGAAUCCAUGACUAAUUCAGGGCCCUCCAUGUUUGGUCUAACCCAUCUGACUCAUUCCUCCUCCAACAUGGACUACAAUGGACCAGGAUCCAUGAACAGUAGUCACCACCAUGGACCUUGUGACACCCACCCUACCUAUACAGAAUUAUCUUCUCAUCAUAGCUCUCAGGGAAGAAUUCAGGAAGCACCCAAGUUGACACAUUUGUAAAGACACCAAUAGGUGUAGGGGACAUCGAUGACAUUCUUAUUUUUUUUUUCUACCUAUAAUUCAAAUAGUUCCCUUAUUUUAUAUUUUUAACUUUUUUGGGGUUGAAUUCUUUGUGUUUUUUUUUUUUUUUUUUUGCAUAGUCCCAGUCACCUACUAUGAACACUACCUGGAGCAGAUAUCUUUGUAUUCUAAUCGACACUUUUAUCAAACAGGGUAUAAGAACAAAAUUUUAUAUGAAAAUAUCUUCUUAAAUGUGAAUUGUUCCUACAUUUCCUAUCCCACAGGGAAACCAAUUAAAUUAUUAUUGCACUUCCUUUAAAUUGCUAGACAAAUAUCCUAAAAAGCGCUUGAACAGGGUGAUCAGCCUGGAUCAUUACAAUUGUUAUAGUCAUUAAUGUGUGCACGCUGGGGCAUCAGUUCCAGUUAAUUUAUUAUUAUUUUUCGUCUGCAUACAAAUAUAUGGAACUGUUUACAUCUUAUUUAUCCCAUCUCAUAUUUAUAAACCAUACAUAGCAGAUAUAGUCAGCUCUGGUUACUGGACUUUUGUUCGAUGGGAUAAUGGCACAGGCAACGAUGGCAAAAAGAAUAAUUCUCUUUAAAGAUGCAAUAAAAUGGUAGAUAAAAUA